AUGGAGGAUUCCACCUCCCAGGGCUCCCCAUCCUCCAGCGUCAGGAGCACCAGCAGGGCCCGUCGCUCGUGGACGGUUUCGGCGGACACGGAGGCGAUUCUGAGCUCCGGCCGGAGCAACGGGCAGUCAUCAGUCGGUUCCAGCAUCGAAAGACCGAAAACCCAGGAUGGAGAGGCAGGAGAUUCCGUAAAGGCUGGCUCCAGCAGUUUCUCCAAAUUGUUGAACGCACGGCGGAGGCGCAAGGAGAGGAAGAACAGUCAAAAACCAUUGGAGGACCUGCCACCAGUGCCGAGCGGAGUGGUGGAACGAGCCCUACAGGCAAGUCGGUCGAAUGAGUCUCGAGGUAGCACCUCGGCUACUUCCUCAUCAUCCGUAACGGUCGAUUCGGUACCGCCUGAAGGUGAUGUGGUCAAUCUACUGACAGAUGAUUCCGAACCUGACAAGACUCCCCCUCUUACCUCUCACAACUCGCAUACUGGCUUCUACACCCUCUCUUCUCCGCUCAUCAAGACCGCCUCUGUCGACCCUACUGACACCGAUCGAGCUCACGCCGAUGUGGACUCUGUAGUGAGCGGCCCGAGUGGAACUGGCUCGGAGUCAAAUACAGGCGAGAGUCUCCCUAGAUCUGCGACACAAGCAACCUUGGAGGUUCCGACAGAUUCUAAUGGGAAGAGGCGUGCUUCAACAACGAAACGUUUCAAAGAAGCUAUAUCGGCAACACAAGACAAGAAAAGUGCCAAUGAGGACUCAGAACGUGCAUCAUCCAAGUCAGGGGGCGCCCGAAGUGGGCGGAGUCUGUUCAGCAGUCGGCGAAGCAGCCUGUCGUCAAAACGAGCUCAACCGAGCCCAGAACCUGUCCCGCCUAUACCGGCGCCCAUCCGGACCGAUAUCACGGAGGAAAAACCAGUCGCAGAAGAAAAGCCUCCGUCUCCUGGAAAGGCCCCUAGCAAAAGCCCGUUGCCGACUACUCCACGCCAGCCAAGUCUUCCAGCACCGGAAACAACAGUGACCCCACCAACGCCUACCGAGAAUCGCCUGCUCGGUUCCCCAACGAUGCCCAAUGUGUCAGAAUCCCCCGAAUCAAUCAAACCCAGAAACUCCUUUUCCUCGGCUGGAAUUACUGUGAGCCCCUCUGGGAACAUGAUCUCACAUCGACGAGUGAGAUCUGCGUCUGCAGCUCAUGCCCCAAGUAAACUGUCUACUUCGACGUCAUUGAGUCCUCUCGAGGAGGCAAAGCCCCUUGCACAUCAACAGAGUGGCUUCUUUUCGUCUGUGUUCUCCGUUGCCCAGAACGCAGCAUCUUCAUUAAGCAACACCCUCAGCACCCAACAAAAGAAUCGGGCCGUCUCUCAAACCGCCAAUGCUUCUGCGAAUAACCCGUUUGUCGACUCUGCUAGUGAUGAGGCCGAUAAAACCUCCAGCAAGAGCGAGGAGGGGAAAUCAACGACUGUGGAGACCCUUGGGGCCGGUGAUCUAAGUUUCAGCCAUUUGGAUAUUGAUGCACCGCCCGGCGAGGUGAUCUCUACCACUGACGGGGUUGUGAUUACCAAGCCCGACUCGCCUAUUGAGAAGCGGAGAAAUACUGCAGUGUAUCAGCGGGACGCGGAGGCUGCCAAACUCGAAGACAAGCGUGCAGCACGCGCGGUUCACAUGGCCUACGAGAAGCCUUCAGAGCCCGCGUUUACCGGUCCGACAAUUGAAGACGCUCUUGAUCUUCAAUCUACAGUCUCUUUUCCAGGAGACGGCACGAUUACUGGUGAUCAUACCCCUCCGACAGGCAGUAUCAUCGACGGCGACCUUGGCGGUAUCAAACGCACCGGUAGUGUCCGCAGCCGGCAGGCUCGGAGGCAUCGGGGCUCUUCUGGGGCGACAGGGUCGACGAUCGCUGCCGCUGCCGCUGGUGCCAGUACACUUGCAUUGGGUGUAUCUGGCGCCAACUCCAGUGUUCCUCGCCUGACCGGCUUUGCUGUCGCGAGCAAAAAGCGCAAUAGAGACUUCCACCAGCUUUUCCGAAGUGUUCCGGAGGAUGAUUACUUGAUCGAGGAUUACAGCUGUGCAUUGCAGCGAGAAAUCAUCCUGGCUGGUCGCAUCUAUGUCUCCGAAGGCCACAUCUGUUUCUCUAGCAACAUUCUCGGCUGGGUUACCACUCUUGUGAUCAGUUUUGAUGAAGUUGUGGCGGUGGAAAAAGAAAACACCGCAAUGGUUUUCCCGAAUGCAAUUGCCAUCCAGACCCUACACGCGCGACAUACCUUCCGCAGUUUACUUAGCCGUGAGUCCACUUAUGAUCUAAUGGUCAAUAUUUGGAAAAUCAACCAUCCUUCUCUCAAAAGCUCUGUAAACGGAACCCGCGUUGCGGGCACCGGUGACAAGACAGAGAAGGUUGGAGAUGGGGACAGUGACUCGGAGACCGAGGUGUCGGACGAAGACGACAUCUACGACGAGGAUGAAGAAGACGACAACGCCGAUAGCCUUUUUGGCGCUGGAGACGCGAGCAUGAAUGGUAGCUCAGUAUCUUUGCCAGCAAAAGGCAGAUUGAGCCGCCAGACUUCUGGCUUAUUGCUGACUGCGAACGGAUCGCCUCCUGCUGCUGGGUCGAAUGGCGAAGGCAAGAAUGGUACCAAAUCAUCGCCGGCCAAGGAUGCUGAGAAUGAUUUUCCCGGUCCGCCUACACAUCCACCUACCGAAUAUACGGAGUCCGAUGGACAGUACGAGAAGAUUAUCAAAGAUGAAGUUAUUCCGGCACCACUUGGGAAGGUCUACUCCCUGGUUUUCGGCCCCGCAUCUGGAGGUUUCAUGACCAAGUUCCUGGUCGAGAACCAAAAGUCCGGCGAGCUGCAAUUCGAGGGAGGGUUGAAGGGCCUUACCAAUGAAAGCCGGAUCCGGAAGUACUCAUACAUCAAGCCUCUCCCCGGCUCCAUCGGGCCCAGGCAGACGAAAUGUAUCAGUACAGAAAAUCUGGACUUCUUGGAUCUGGAAAAAGCUGUCCUUGUCACGUUGACUACUCAGACCCCCGAUGUGCCUAGUGGAAAUGUUUUUUCCACCAAGACUAAAUAUCUCUUCACCUGGGCUGGUGGUAACCAAAUGCGCUUUCUCAUGACCUGUACGAUCGAGUGGACGGGCAAAAGUUGGUUGAAGGGUCCAAUUGAGAAAGGUGCAAUCGAUGGCCAGACUACAUUUGGCAACGAGCUGGUCAAGGCCCUUAAGAUGGGUGUUGUUCCUCGCGGGCGUGCAGCUACUGGGCGAACCAAGGGCCGGCGCAAGAAGGGCGAUGGGGCGGCUCGUGAAGCGUCUGGGGCAGCAUCAUUGAAGGCAGCAGCGGAUGCCAAUGCGGCCCAGGCGCAAUCUUGGGGCUUAUUUGAGCCGGUUCGUUCAAUCCUCGAGCCCUUCGCAAGCUUAUUCAAGCCACUAUGGAGUGGCAAUAUUGCAAUCUUGGUCAUCGGUAUUCUGCUGUAUAUGGUGUUUUUCCGGUCCCCGUCGGGGUCAUCUAUGCUCUCGCAUGAUGUUGGCUGUCCAGGCCACAAUUUACCUCAACGCCUGGCUGCAUACGAGGAAAUGUGGCGACGCGAAGAAAGCGAGCUCUGGACUUGGCUGGAAGAUCGCGUGGGCAUGGACGGAAUGGUUUUCCCGAAUGUCGUUACCCAUCGAUCAUCUGGGUCACCCUCUGGCCGCAGGUCCUCCCGAUUCAACGGCGCAGAUGAGCGCGAGCUAAAUGCUCGACUGCGCGAGGAGCGGGUUUCCGAUCGAGAGAUGGACCAUGCAAUUCGCACCACUCGCCAACGGCUCGAUGUCCUUGAGGAGAUGAUAAGCAAGAACAAGGAACGAUUGGUCGUUGACGAGGAGGCGUUCCGGUCCGAAUUGUGA